AUGGCGCUCUGUCAAGCCCUCUCUGCCAGCUCGGGUGCCUUCACCAUCCUCCCCUUUUCGCCAUACGCAGUCCAUUCGAUACAACAGCUCGAAGAAUACCCCGCCAUUCCCCUCUCGCGCUUUCGAAACUUCUGCAUCGUUGCGCAUAUCGAUCAUGGCAAAUCCACCCUUUCCGACCGUCUUCUCGAAAUUACCGGCACCAUCACCUCCUCCAAAUCCAACAAACAGAUUCUCGACACCCUCGAAGUCGAGCGGGAACGUGGCAUCACUGUCAAGGCACAGACCUGUACUAUGAUCUACAACCACAACGGUGUCGACUAUCUUCUCCAUCUGGUCGAUACCCCUGGCCAUGUCGACUUUCGCGCCGAGGUCACGCGAUCGUACGCGAGUUGUGGUGGAGCUAUACUGUUGGUCGAUGCAAGUCAGGGUGUGCAAGCGCAGACUGUCGCCAAUUUCUACCUUGCGUUUGCCGAGGGACUCAAGAUCCUACCGGUCAUCAACAAGAUCGACAUGGGCGCUGCCGAUGUACCUCGGGUCCUGGAGCAGCUCGAAUCGACCUUCGAGUUGGACGUGAGUAACGCGAUCGGCGUGAGUGCAAAGACGGGUCUGAACGUCAAGAACCUCUUGCCGGCUGUCGUCGACGCUAUCCCAGCCCCUACAGGGGAGGAGACCAAGCCAUUGAGGAUGUUGUUGGUGGAUUCAUGGUACGAUAGCUUUCGAGGCGUCGUUUGCCUGGUCCGGCUCUUCGACGGUACCGUCAAAGCUGGAGAUUGCCUCGUGAGUUUCGCAACGGGUCAGAAGUACACGGUCGGAGAGGUCGGUAUCAGAUACCCUACCGAGGUACCGCAAACAGUGCUACGCGCUGGCCAGGUCGGGUAUAUCUUCUUCAACCCCGGCAUGAAGAAGAUUCAGGAUGCCAAGAUCGGAGACACCUUCACCACAGUCGGGUCGGAGGACGUUGUUGACCCAUACCCUGGAUUUGAAGAACCAAAACCCAUGGUGUUCGUCGCUGCGUUCCCAACAGAUCCGACCGAUUACAGUCGCCUCGCAGAUAGCAUUGGCCAGCUUGUUCUCAACGACCGCAGUGUUAGUCUGUACAAAGAUCACUCCGAAGCGCUUGGUGCGGGCUGGCGCCUGGGUUUCCUGGGCAGUUUACAUUGCUCCGUCUUCCAAGAUCGUCUGCGACAGGAACACGGCGCGAGUAUCAUCAUCACCGAGCCCGCUGUACAGACCAAGGUUAUAUGGCGCGACGGCAAAGAGAGCGUGCUCCAAAGUCCAGCCGACUUCCCCGAGCCCGAAGACCUAAAGUUGCGUGGAGCUGCCUGCUACGAGCCAUACGUCCUUGCCACCUUGACCCUCCCAGAGGAAUAUCUCGGGCGGGCUAUAGAGCUAUGCGAGGCAAACCGCGGCGAACAAGUGAGCAUCGAGUUCUUCCACGGCAAGCAAGUCAUUCUCAAAUACCGUAUACCUACAGCUCAGCUUGUCGAUGAUUUAUUUGGCAAGCUGAAAGGAGCUACAAAGGGUUACGCGACUCUUGAUUACGAGGACGCAGGCUGGCAGCAGAGCAGUCUCGUGAAGCUGCAACUUCUCGUCAACAAGCAACCGGUAGACGCCAUCUCGCGUGUCGUCCAUCUAUCGCAGGUCGACAGACUUGGCAGACAGUGGGUUACCAAGUUCAAGGAACACGUGCAACGACAGAUGUUCGAGGUGGUCAUCCAAGCGGCCGUGGGCAAAAAGGUCGUUGCCAGAGAAACCAUAAAACCCUUCCGCAAAGAUGUGCUCGCGAAACUACACGCCAGUGAUAUCACAAGACGGAAGAAGCUGCUGGAGAAACAGAAGGCGGGUCGAAAGAAGCUCCGCGCUGUCGGCAAUGUCAUUAUCGAGCAGGAAGCGUUCCAGCGCUUCUUGACCAAGUAG